GGUGUUGUUAUGGCCAUGCGUGGUUUGUGGCGGCUCCGAGGUGCGGCAGCCCGGCCCACACUGGCAGCCAAGGCUGGGAGAUCGGGACCUUCUGCAGCAUCUUCUGCUUCCUUCUGUGUUUCCCAGACGGUGCAGCGCCAACCUGCUGCUCAUGGCCCCAGGUGCUGUGUGGUGCUGAUCCCUCGCUGUCCCCCUGCAGACUCGGCUGAGCGUGUGGUGCAGCGCUUCGAGGUGCCCGGCGUCUCCAACUACACGGCGCUGCUGCUGAGCCCGGAUGGCGGCACGCUGUACCUGGGUGCACGUGAGGUGCUCUUUGCUGUCAACACCAGCCACUUCCAGCACAGCGCGCUGGCCCGCAGGCUGCCUUGGGGUGCGGAUGAGGAGAAGAAGAGGCAGUGCGUGUUCAAGGGCAAGGACCCCCAGAGGGACUGUCACAACUACAUCAAGAUGCUGCUGCAGCUGAACAGCACCCACCUGUACACGUGUGGGACCUGUGCCUUCAGCCCCACCUGCGCCUACAUUAACAUGCAGCACUUCACCCUGGAGCGGGACGGGUUGGGAAGGGUGCUGCUGGAGGACGGGAAGGGACGUUGCCCCUUCGACCCCGAGUACCGCUCCACCGCCGUCAUGGUCGAUGGGGAGCUCUACGCUGGGACCGUCAGCAACUUCCAGGGCAACGAGCCCACCAUCUACCGCAGCCAGGAGAGCCGCAUUUCCCUGAAGACAGAGAACUCCCUCAGCUGGCUGCAGGACCCGGUGUUCGUGGGCUCAGCCUUCCUGCAGGAGAGCCUGCCCGCCGGCAACCCUGACGGCGAUGAUGACAAGGUCUACUUUUUCUUCAGCGAGACCGGCAAGGAGUUUGACUACUUUGAGAACACCAUUGUGUCGCGCAUCGCACGUGUGUGCAAGGGGGACCAGGGUGGGGAGCGGGUCCUGCAGCGGCGGUGGACGACGUUUCUGAAGGCGCAGCUGCUCUGCUCGCACCCCGAGGACGGCUUCCCCUUCAACGUGCUGCAGGACGUCUUUGUGCUCACGCCCGGGGAGCAGCGCUGGAGGGAGACGCUCUUCUACGGGGUCUUCACAUCGCAGUGGAACAAGGGCGGCCUGGGCAGCUCGGCGGUGUGCGCCUUCCCCAUGCACAGCGUGCAGAAGGCCUUUGGUGGGCUCUACAAGGAGGUGAACCGUGAGACUCAGCAGUGGUACACCGACACCAGCCCGGUACCAGAACCACGGCCAGGCACGUGCAUCACCAGCCACACGCGGCACCUGAAGAUCAACUCGUCCCUGCAGAUGCCGGACCGCGUGCUGAACUUUGUCAAAGAUCACUUCUUGAUGGACAGCCCGGUGCGCAGCCAACCGCUGCUGCUGCAGAGCCGCCUGCGCUACCAGCAGAUCGGGGUGCACCGCGUGCAGGGGCUGCGCGGCACCUACGAUGUCCUCUUCCUGGGCACGGACGAUGGCCGCUUGCACAAGGCGGUGCGUGUGAACCACCGGGUGCACAUCAUCGAGGAGAUCCGCCUCUUCCCCACUGGCCAGCCCAUCCUGCAGUUGCUGCUGGACCAUGAACAGGGCCUGGUCUAUGCAGCCUCCUACACGGCGGUGGCUCAGGUGCCCUUCUCCAACUGCAGCCUGUACCGCAGCUGCGGUGAGUGUGUGCUGGCGCGGGACCCCUUCUGUGCCUGGAGCCACGGCGCCUGCCGCAGCACUACCCCGCACCCCCCGGCACAUCCCCAGCUGUGGGCGCAGGACAUCGAAGGUGCCGAGACGGAGCGGCUCUGCCAACCAACCAACGCGUCCCAGCCCCGGCCCCGCGUCCUCCUGCCUCCAGCCUCGGGCACCCCGUGCCAGCGGAUCCAGCUGCCGCCCAAUGCGGUGCAGCCGCUGCCGUGCCGGCUGCUCUCCAACCUGGCGUCGCGGCGCUGGCUGCACAACGGGACCCCCGUCAACGCCUCCUACCUGGUGCUGCCCGAGGGGGCCCUCAUCCUGGUGGGCAGCCCGGAGCGUGCGGGCACAUACGAGUGCUGGUCGCUGGAGGAGGGCUUCCGCAAGCUGAUGGCCAGCUACUGCGUGGCUGUGCAGGAGCCCGGCAGGAGGGGCUUCACCGCGCCGGAGGCCGUCAGCACCUCGCGGAGCACUUCGGCCGUGGGCAGCAUCGCGGCGCGGCUGGACGGCAAGACCUACUGGACCGAGUUCCUGGUGAUGUGCGGGCUGUUCGCCGCCGCCGUGCUCGUGCUGAUCCUCUUCCUCCUGCACCGUCACUGCGACGGCGUGAAGGCGCUGGUGGAGCCCGGGGACGCCAGCCGGCACCAGAAGACGCCCCGUAAGCCGGUGGAGAGCCUGCCCCUAAACGGCAGCAGCCUGCCCAGCGCGGCGCCCGAGCACAAGGGCUACCAGGCGCUGCAGGACAACUACAUCGUCAGCACCCCCGUGCACGAGCCGCCGGGCACUACGCGUGCCUUUUCCGAGUCGGAGAAGCGGCCCCUCCACGUGCGGGACAGCUUUGUGGAGGUGUCCCCCGCCUGCCAAAGACCCCGCGUGCGCCUGGGCUCCGAGAUCCAGGACUCGGUGGUGUGA